AGAGCAGAGGGUUUGUUGGAGAGAACUGGGGGGGUCAGUCUAGAUUGAAGGAGGGGCAGCGGUGCCAGAGUACACAGAGCACUGAUGUGAGUCCAAAUGCAGCCUAAGAAGCUUCCUACUGGUGGGUCCCUGGGCAAGUCACUUAACCAUCCGAGUCGCAAGAAGGCCCUGCCUGCCUUCCCUGCUUCGGAGGCUUCCUCAGACGUUGAGCCUGACAUCCAGGAAAUGGUUCGUGCCCAAAACAAGAAGAAGAAGAAGUCAGGAGGCUUCCAGUCUAUGGGCUUGAGCUACCCGGUCUUCAAAGGCAUCAUGAAGAAGGGCUACAAGGUGCCCACACCCAUUCAGAGGAAGACCAUCCCAGUGAUUCUGGACGGCAAGGACGUGGUGGCCAUGGCCCGAACGGGCAGCGGGAAGACGGCCUGUUUCCUCAUUCCCAUGUUUGAGAAACUCAAAGCCCACAGUGCCCAGACAGGUGCCCGUGCCCUCAUCCUCUCACCCACCCGGGAGCUGGCCCUGCAGACAAUGAAGUUCACCAAAGAGCUGGGCAAGUUCACUGGCCUGAAGACGGCCCUGAUCCUUGGGGGAGACAAGAUGGAGGACCAGUUUGCGGCACUGCAUGAGAACCCCGAUAUAAUCAUCGCCACCCCUGGGCGCCUGAUGCACGUGGCCGUGGAGAUGAACCUGAAGCUGCAGAGCGUGCAGUAUGCCGUGUUCGAUGAGGCAGACAGGCUGUUUGAGAUGGGCUUCGCGGAGCAGCUGCAGGAGAUCAUGGGGCGCCUCCCCGAGGACCACCAGACGGUGCUUUUCUCUGCCACGCUGCCCAAACUUCUUGUGGAGUUCGCCCGCGCCGGCCUCACGGAGCCCGUGCUGAUCCGGCUCGACGUGGACACCAAACUCAACGAGCAGCUGAAGACGGCCUUCUUCCACGUGCGUCGGGACGACAAGCCGGCUGUGCUCCUCCACGUCCUGCGGAACCUCGUCCGGCCCCAGGACCAGACGGUGGUCUUUGUGGCCACCAAGCACGAGGCUGAGUACCUCACCGAGCUGCUGACGGCCCAGGGCGUGGGCUGCACCCACAUCUACAGCGCCCUGGACCAGACCGCCCGCAAGAUCAACCUGGCCCGCUUUGUCCACGGCAAGUGCUCGGCCCUCAUCGUCACCGACGUGGCCGCCCGCGGCCUGGACAUCCCCCUGCUGGACAACGUCGUCAACUUCAACUUCCCUGCCAAGAGCAAGCUCUUCCUGCACCGCGUGGGCCGCGUGGCCCGGGCGGGCAGGAGCGGCACGGCUUACUCCUUGGUGGCCCCCGACGAGGUCCCCUACGUCUUCGACCUCCACCUCUUCUUGGACCGUCCGCUGGCCCUCGCUGCCCCCAAUGACAAGCCGUCAGAUGCCGCAGCCGAUGGCAUGCUGGGCCGCGUGCCCCGGAGCGUGGUGGACGACGAGGAGUGCCGCCUCAUCACGGACCACGACGCCUCCUCGGAGCUCCAGAGCCUGCGGCGGGUGGCCGAGAACGCCCACAAGCAAUACGUCCGCUCCCGGCCGGGGCCCUCCCCCGAGUCGAUCAAGAGGGCCAAGGACCUGGACCCCACCCUCUUGGGCCUGCACCCCCUCUUCAGCUCCCGCUUUGAGGAUGACGAACUGGAGAGGAUGAAGCUCGUGGAUAGCAUCAAGAACUACCGCGCCCGGGCUACCAUCUUCGAGAUCAACACCACCACCCGGGACCCCGGCAGCCAGGUGAUGCGGGCCAAGCGGAAACGCGACCACAAGGCCAUCACCAAGUUCCAGAAGGGUCAGCAGGAGCGACUGCGGCCACAGCCCGGCCCCCCACCCCCCACCCCUGAGAACCAGGAGGAGGAGGAGGAGGGCUGUGUGGAGGAAGCCUUCUCGGAGGUACUGGGCCCGAAGAGACCGCGGCUGGCGGAGGGACCGGGCGGGAAGAAGAAGCGGAAGGAGCGGUCCAGUCCCCAGGAUGCGGACUUCUAUGUGCCCUACCGGCCCAAGGAUUUCGACAGCGAGAGGGGGCUGAGCGUGGGCGGCCAGGGGAGUGCCUUCGAGCAGCAGGCUGCUGGCGCCGUCCUUGACCUGAUGGGUGAUGAGACCCCAACCCUGGCCAGGGGUCGGCAGCAGCUGAAGUGGGACCGCAAGAGGAAGCGCUUUGUGGGCAGCUCCGGCCAGGAGGACAAGAAGAAGAUCAAGACGGAGAGCGGCCGCUACAUCAGCAGCUCCUACAAGAGAGACCUCUACCAGAAGUGGAAGCAGAAAAAUAGGAUCGAGGACCGGGACUCUGAGGAGGAUGAAGGAGAGCCCAAGAGGAGAGGCGGGAAUAGAGGCAGAGGCAGAGGUAGAGGGGCAUCGGUGGGUCGAGCGCCAGGGUCCGGUGCACGUGUGCGCUCCGAGCUGAAGAAUAAGCAGCAGAUUCUGAAGCAGCGGCGCCGGGCAGAGAAGCAGCGCUUCCUGCAGCGAGGAGGCCUCAAGCAGCUCUCGGCCCGCAACCGGCGGCGUGCGCAGGAGCUGCGGAAGAAUGCUUUCGGCAGGGGCCCUGGGGGCAGCCGCAAGGGCAAGAUGAGGAAGAAGAUGUGAGACGCCCACUGAGGAGAGCACAGCUGAACCCCGGCUCCCAGGGGAACCCCGGGUCCUCUUGGGGCUUUGGGAUCCUCGCUGCCUGAGGGGAAGAGGGAUCCCUGUUCGUGCAGCCCCACCAGGCCUGAUGCACCCCCUCCCGAGGCUCCCACCAGAGACCUGUGGGGGCCUGGCUCCCAAAGGUUGGCCUUCUGGCUCUGAAGUAGUUAACAUCCCUGGGCCAGGGAGACUGCCCACUUCCUGCCCUCCUCCUCCCUCCCAAGAGGAGGAACCUGUUUGGUCAGGCCCUGCCGCUCCCUCAUCCUGGAGGAUUGGCACCCGGCGCUCUCACCCCCCAGAGGGCCUCCCAGAGAUGGGUGCUGGGGCAGAAGCCUAGGGCUUGGGGGAGACAUUGCAGCUACACCCAGCAGGUGCCUAAUAAACCUUGGAUCCAC